GUAAGCGGAAGCUGCAGAGGGUGCAGGGGGGAAAAUUGUCCUCGGACGAGCACGCACUACGAUUGUCGAAAGAACUCCAAUUGAUGAAGGACAAAAAUAAGUUUCCUGAGGCUUCUUUUUCCGAGCAAGAAGGAAUUCCGAUGACCGUAGCAGAUUUGGAUGAACUGAAUGGCCGCGCGACAACAGACAGCAUGUUUGCUGGGUUGCUCGCUGUUCGCUUGGUCGGUGCAGAUAACCUGAUAAAGAUGAGCGUAACCGGUCAGGCGUGCCAUCGGUACGCCAAUAUGAAAAAAGAAGACGGAACUCGUUUGUACCCAACCCCAAAAAAACUGGACCCCAACGUGUUGCAGUUUAUCUGUAACAAAAUCGCAGAACGUACUGCCAUCCGUGUUGGUUUACAAAACGUACUUACAAUUCGGCAAUAUCAGAAAUAAAAAAUAAAAACAUCAACA